AUGUCAUUAAGUUACAUUGGCCAACAGAUAACAAUAUAUGGAGGCUUUUGUUUUCUUGUCACAGGAACCGUCGGUAAUGCAAUAAAUAUUUUCAUAUUUUCAACUGUUCAUUCAUAUCGCACAAAUCCGUCAACAUUUUAUUUUCUUAUUAAUUCAGUUUUUAACAUCGCUUAUCUAUUCAUGAAUCUUGCUUCUCGUAUUGCAAUAGGUUUUGGUGAUGAUUUGACAAGAACAUCAACAAGUUGGUGUAAAGCACGAAACUAUUUUCUCUAUACUUUUUCUAUAAUUGUAUUAAUAUGUCCAUGUAUGGCUAUGAUUGAUCAAUUUUUAAUAACAUCACGAAGUGCCAAAUUACGUAGUUUAAGCAAGAUUCAAACGGCACAUCGGUCAGUUGUUGUUAUGAUAAUUAUUUGUGUUCUUCAUGGAAUUUUUCCAGCAAUAUCUUACGAUAUUUCAUCUGUAACAAAAACAUGUCAAGUCUUCAAUCAAAUCUUUAUCACAUAUAGAUCAAUAUUCCUUUUGGGUUUAUUGACGACAAUUCCAAUUACAAUAACAACCUUAUUUGCAUAUUUAACUUAUCGUAAUAUUCGUUCAAUCAGAGUUCUGAUAAGUCAACAUGUUGAUCAACAAAUACUGCGAAUGUCAUUGGCUCAAGUGUUUUUUGUUAAUUUUUGCAUAAUUCCAUAUGCAAUUAUUGUCACAUAUAAUUAUAUCACAGAAAAAGAAACGAAAAAUACAAUUCGAAUUCUGCGUGAACAGUUAGCCACUUCAUUCUUUACUUUGUGGAAUUAUGGUUAUUAUGUGGGAACUUGUUAUGUGUUUAUGCUUUCAUCAAAAAAAUUUCGUCGAACAGUGAAAGAUAGAAUUUUAUUUUGGCGACGACGAAAUCAAGUCAACAUAUUUGCAUUGCCAAAACGUAAUACAGAUUUACAGAGGCAGACCAUAAAUUAA